AACUUAUCUUUUUACAGCAAAGGGUGCGAACGGAAUUAAAUUCAAUCCAAUCCUGGUUUAAAAACCCAGCGAAAUCAAUUUGCAUAUCGCAAUAUUUCAAUGAAACAAGUACUUUGCGUAUGCAGACGUGAGAAACAAAACGAUUUUUCUAGACUUCCAACCCCUAACAGGUUUUUUCCAGUGCACGUUUUCAUUUUUACGUGAACAAAAUCUUUCAACGUCUUCAAACUGCGCUAAACUAAUCGCAAAUUACCAACAAAUGUUACGCUGAAACACGCAGCGCCAUCUCUUGUCCAUAUUUUCAUUAAAAUAACUUUGUUUACGUUCCUGUAACCCUACUUCCUUAGCGACGUAAACAAACCGAAUUCUCCGGUAAAACAAAAGUGAAACAAACCGGAAAUCAUCAUGGAAACACCCUCGGAGGUGUCGCAUUCCAAGCUGACGAUCGUAAUCCACCCUGGCUCACUGAAUCUACGAAUGGGCCGCGCUGCAGACCUCAACCCAAUCAAUGUUCUUCACGCAAUUGCCCGUAAAAGACUUCCGGGCGGCCCAAAACACAUCGACCCUUUUCUACCUCCACGAGUAGAACUACAAAACGCGCAGGAAAUCGAAGAGGCACGUCUCAGCGUCUCCCACACUCUACAAUCCUGCCUACAAUCUGAUGGCAGGCGACGCUAUGCAACACCCCCACAACAAAUCGCCGCCUUCAACAGAAGAAGCCAACCUGAAGCCCUCACCACAUCACCGGACAAAUGGGUGGAGACCAAAGGUGACAUCGUUGUAGGCAACGACGUGCUGCGAUUAAACCCCGAGGAGGACUUUAAUAUACACUUCCCUUUUAGGAGAGGUGAUCUGAACAUCCAUGCUGGUCCAGGUGGAUCCCUCACAGCAGUGAUUGCCAACCUGCAAGCCAUCUGGACCCACAUCCUUGAAACCCAAUUCGCCAUCAACCCAAAAGACUAUCCGUAUUAUAAAGUAGUACUAAUCAUUCCCGACGUAUACAAUCGGACAUAUCUCCGAGAAUUAUCGAAUAUGCUGCUGUUAAAGAUCGGAUUCGGGGGUUGUUUCGUUGUGCAGGAUCACGUCGCGGCAACCUUUGGGUCCGGGUUGAGUUACGCGUGCGUAGUGGACGUGGGCGACCAGAAAACGUCGGUUUCCUGCGUGGAGGAUGGCAUUUGUCAUCCAAAUACACGCGUACGGUUGGAUUACGGCGGGGCGGAUAUCACGCAGACGUUUUUCUGGUUGUUGCAGAAAUGCGCGUUUCCGUACAAAGCAUGCAGCGAGAAAAAUAAAUUAGAUACGGUAUUAUUGAGACAACUGAAGGAGCAAUUGUGUCAUGUGAACUUGGACAUUUGCGGCUCGCAAGAGAAGACUUUUACUCUCCAACAACCGGAUCAAGUUGUGCAGCAUUAUACGAUUCAAGUGGGCGAUGAGUGUAUUGUUGCCGCGUUGAGUUUAUUUACUCCUGAACUCCUGGGAGUGACGGGGUCCAAACUGGUACACACCCAGAAGCGGAAUAUGGGUGAUCCUGAAGAUCCACAUGAUGAAAAUUAUCUACGCGAUAUUCGCCGUAAAGGUUUUAAGGAUAAUUUAGAAAUCCAGAAUGAAAACGAAGCUUACCUGGAGCAAACGCAAAGUCAACAGAGUAAUAACGAAGAUGAUAUUGUCGUGGACGCCAUUGAUACGGUCCCCACGAUGACCGACAAAGAUUUCGUUGUGAAUCCUGGGCAAAUCCUUGGAUUGGACCAAGCAGUGUUGCAAAGCAUAGAUAGGUGUCCCAGUGAUGAUUUAAAACGCAAGAUGUAUGGGUGUAUCCUCGUCGUGGGCGGCGGGAUGAAAUUUGCUGGUAUUGGUAUGUGGUUGCAAAACCGCAUCAGUUUGCAGAUUCCGUACCACUAUCGCGCUGAGCAGCUCGACAUCAUCACGAAUCCACGUGACAUGGAUCCCGCCAUGGUGGCGUGGAAGGGCGCCGCCAUUAUGUCCUGCCUGGAGACCGCCCAGGAGCUCUGGAUCACGCCCGCCGAGUGGGAGAAGAUGGGCGUGAAAGUUCUCCGCGAACGUGCACCGUUUACAUGGUGAUAUUUUCUUACAGACAUUGUAAUUUAACAUUCAAAAUAAGGUUAGUUUUGUGUACGGCGCGUAAUCUCGUCAAAAACAAAAAUGAACAAGUUGUACAGAAGUAUAUUUUUUAACAGAA